GUUGGCACAUUUCAGCCGCCUCCCAUCCCCAGGGGUUUAAGAACCGCCCUUUGGAGGCGGCCCUCCUCCCCAGUCCCGGUGGCGGAGCCUGGAGCCCGGAGCCCGGCGACACCGCUCCUGACCUCCCUCCUCAAGGACCCCGGAGCCAGAAGUAAGAGGCUUCUGUUCUGUUUGCCCUGCUGCCCGGUGGGGUGCUGUCCGGGGAGGAGGUGAAAGGGAGGUGGAGACGGCGGUGGCCCUGAGGCUGAGCUUUCGGAGUUCAGCCUCAAUGUACUCAGAGAUCCAGAGGGAGCGGGCGGACAUCGGGGGCCUAAUGGCCCGGCCAGAGUACAGAGAGUGGAACCCGGAGCUCAUCAAGCCCAAGAAGCUGCUGAACCCUGUGAAGGCCUCCCGGAGUCACCAGGAACUGCACCGCGAGCUGCUCAUGAACCAUAGAAGGGGCCUCGGUGUGGACAGUAAACCGGAGCUGCAGCGUGUCCUGGAGCAUCGCCGCCGGAACCAGCUCAUCAAGAAGAAGAAGGAGGAGUUGGAGGCCAAGCGGCUACAAUGUCCCUUUGAACAGGAGCUGCUGAGACGGCAGCAGAGGCUGAACCAGCUGGAGAAGCCGCCAGAAAAGGAAGAGGAGCAUGCCCCUGAGUUUAUCAAAGUCCGGGAAAACCUGCGGAGAAUUGCCACCCUGGGCAGUGACGAGAGGGCACUGUAGAGAUGGCGGCUGGGCCCACCCUGCACCCCUGGCCUGGCCCAGAUCGCUCCUCCAGCCCCUGCACCUGGCUACUCGGGGCUGCCACACCUGCUCCCAUAGAAGUGAAUCCCCCCAGGGGCCUGGCUCACCGGGGAAGCUGGGGGCCCCGAGCUCCCACACUUAUCCUGAGCAUCCUUGCCUCCUGCCCCAGGAGGAAUCCACGGCCAGGAAACCUUCUCCAAGGCAGCCCUCCCUGAGUCUGAGCCCCGCACCGGAAACCAUCCUGGCCAAAUUGGAAAGGAAGGACAGGACCCCUGUGUCCUAACAGGUCCUCCACUCUGCCCAGGACUUCCCACCUGGAGACCCGAAGGCCCCACGGGGAGCAGCCUAGCUGCUCUAGGUGUAGAACAGUUCUGCCUGCGGUUUUACCUGAGGUCAGGUGAGCAGCAGCUACGCAGAGCUUAGCUUGGGGAACACCUGUUUGAAAAGCCACUGAGCAGAGAAAGGCUAAUCCAGUCCAUGAUGAGCAGGGCAGGACAGCCCCCAGGAGGUCAGUGUGGUGACAGGGAAGGGUUCCAACCAAGGCGGUCUCUUAGGGUUUGCCAGCUCCGCCCAGGCCCGCGCUUUUCCUCCCCUCCCCAGCCCACCCUGCCUGGGCCUCGGGACCAACCCUAGCGGGGAUGCAGCGGUCCCUGCUCCCAGUUUAGAAAAGCGCUUCACAAACUGCCGUGCGUACUAAUCACUGGGGAUCUCCUUAAAAACCAGUUUCCAGGACUGAGCGUGGUGGCCCACGCCUGUCAUCCCCAGCGGCUCUGGAAUCUGAGGUGGGAGGAUCCAAGAGUUCAAAGCCAGCCUCAGCAACUCAGUGAGACCCUUUCUCUAAAUAAAAUGCAGAAAAGGGCUGGGGAUGUGGCUCAGUGGUUAAGUGCCUCUGGGUUCAAUCCCCCGUCAAAAAAUAAAAAGCAGUUGAUUCAGUAGAUCUGGGGCAGGAGCUGAGAUUCUGCAUACAUAACAAGCUCCUAGGUGAGUCUGCGGCGGCUGGUUUAAGGACCACCCUGAGCUACGCUGGAGGGUGCAGGGAGGUGGUGGGUGCACAGAUUGGAAAUGUCAUUCAGCUCCCAUGGACCUCUGCCCUGGGGUUCCCAGUGCCACCUGUGCAGCCCAAGGACUCUCGGUUCCUUACCCACCCCACCUGCUGGGACUCCUGGCCCUGGAAGCCUGGUAGAGCAGUCGUGUUAGUCACGGGACUGCUGUUUUCGCCAGAGUUGCAUGUAACUGCCAACUGUGUUCCUUACUGGUGUGACCACACCGUUACCCAGUUCUCGCCAAAAAGCAUAAUUCCACCUUCCAUAAUUCUACGACCUUGUGGAAAGCAGCUACGCCAUGAUUCCCAACAGGCCUGUCAAAGCACAAACGGUAGCUUGAAGACCCCACUGCCACGUGUACGGCCUGGCCUGUCCAGCGUCCCUGUCCAGCCCGUCCUGUGAAGAGACCCGCCCAGCUGCAGCCGCUCCACUGAAUUCCCCCAUUCUCACUGCCUGCGUGAGACCCAAAUAUUUCAACCUUUUGUUCCUAUGAAGUUUUAAAGAUUUAGAGACUAAACACAGGCUUGUUUCAUUCCCCCUAAAGAAUAAAAUCCCUGCCUCGGGCUUCCUAAGCCCUUCAUUUAAAGUGACAGAGCUGUGUUAGAAAAUACCUCCUCUCCCUCCUCCCAAAGCUGCCUCGGGACACCCUCUGAGAGCUGGAAGCAAGGUGGGACCCAGGGAGGAAAGGGUUCAUCCUGGUCUAUUUUUUUUCUUUUUUUAAUUUGUUCUUUUAGUUACGCAGGACAGUAGAACACAUUCUGACACAUCCUACACAUGUGGAGUACAACUCCCCAUUCUUGAGGCUGUACAUGGUGUGCAGUUUCACUGGUCGUGUGUUCAUAUAUGAACAUGGGAAAGUGACGUCCCAUUCAUCCCACUGUCUUUCCUAUUCCCGUCCCCCUCCCUUCCCCCCUCAUCCGGGUCUUAACCCUAACUGGAUGGUUUGAGGUGACUGAAGAUGCUGUCCUUCUCCUAUGGGUGAGGUCAGCAGAGGGGCGUAAGGAUAGCUGCGCUGCCUGCUUGCGUGCCUGUGCAUAAGCCAAGCUCUAAAAAUGUCCCUGAAUGUGACUGUCUUGACGAGAAUGUGGUCAAGUUAUUUCAAGCGUCGAUUCCUGCAUAAGGCCGUCAGUUCCCCCAAGAAGUCACCCUCAGGGGUUUACAUGCUAUUCAAACAUGCAAAGAUUGAAUAGGAUCACCCAAGGGAAUGCCUGAGGUUCCACCCCAUGGUCCCCAGAGGUGCUUCUGGAAGAGGAAGCCCCAAAAGCAGAAGGAACCUCAAGUACCAUGUCAUUCAGGGGAGCACAGCAGAUGCCCUUGUUGUUCUCUCCACUGGUCAGUCCCAACUCCAUCUCUCUAGUCACCUCCCACCAACAAAUGUUUAAAUCCAGAUUCUCACUGUUCUAGUCUUCUUUGCAGCUUGGGGUGACCUUGUGACCAAGUAUGGCUAAUAACAUUUAAAUGGAAGUCUGCAGGGGCUUCUGGGAAAGCUUAUGCUUUUCUGAUCGGAAGAGGCAUAGCAGAUUCCUCCCCUUGCCCCUCUCCUUCCUGCCUUGAUUGAGGCUAUGAUACCGGGAGCUACAGCAGCCAUUUCUGCUGCAUGAAAGAAAGGCCAAGAGAAUCAGAGAGAUGUAAACCUAUCGUCAUUUGACCAAGCCAAUGCCAGCAGCUGUCCUUCUCCAGAUUCUUGUAAAUAAAAACGAAUCCCUGUUUGCUUAAGUCAUUGUUAGUCAAUCUCUGUUACAUCAUCAGAAGUGUUUCCUAACUGAUACAGAUGGCCAGCCCUGCCUACCCAGAAAUACCUGCAGGUCAUGCUAAAAUUCAAAUUUCACUUUCUCAUUAGAAACCUAUUGGGUCAGGCUGGGUAUGUGGGUCAGUAAUGAACCUCUUAUGUGUACAAAAGUUAUAAAAUUCCUUUAGCAACCUAUUGGAUCAGGAUCCUCAGCUAUGUAGGCCUUGGUUCUCUUUUUUAUUCUAUUUUUUGGGGGGUGUGGGGGCAGAAUACCAGGGAUGGAACACAGGGCAUUUAACCACUGAGCCACAUC